GUACAAAUUUUUAUGAUUGAAUACCAGAUAUUAAUUUACGUACGAUUCACAAAAAUCAUGCAAAUAUAAAAUUGUUGUUCAUAAAACAUUGUAAAUAACUGAACAAGAUAAAUAAAACUAUUAUAGAGUUAAUGAAUACCUUUAAAAAUAUUCGAUUUGAAUAUUCUUAUAUGAAAACAUAUGAAGAUCGAUGUUUGUCGAAUAGCUUAUUGUAUCCGGAUACACUGUGAAUAUAACCUAAAUAAGGUUACGUAGUAAAUUUCACGGUUUUAAACAAAGUUCAUGGAAUUUUUAACGUACAAAUCAUGUAUAAAUAUUCUAAUAUUCAAUAUCAAUUCAUUUUUUGAUUAUAUAUAAUUUUAUAUUUACUUCUUAUAACUGAGAUGUGAAAUAAAAGAAUUGAUUAAUAAGUAUUUUGUAAUUUUAUAAGACUUUGUGUUUCAUGUAUAAAUAGCCAAGAAACAAUAACAUAAUUUAUAUUUAUAACAAUAAAACGUCACAAAAAAUAAACGAAUAAAUAAACAUGUCAGAUACAGAAGAUUAUAUGUCAGAUAAAUUUUUACAUGGAAUUGAAAAAUCUACUUCAUCGAGUCUCAUAUAUCGACAUGCAGAUAAAAGAAAAUUUGAACUUAUGAAGAAGAAAACUCAGAUUGAAACAAAAUUGGAUGAAAAAAAUAGCAUAAAACAUAUUGAGGAAGAAAAAAGAGAAGCAGGCUUAUCCUCUGCAAUUACAAGUUCUAAUAAAGGUUAUGAAAUGAUUAUGAAAAUGGGAUAUAAACCUGGUCAAGGCAUAGGUAAAACAGGAUCAGGAAGGAUUGAGCCAAUUAGCCUUAAAGUAAAAUUAGACAGGCAAGGUUUAGGAGAAGGAAUUGCAAAAAAAGAAAGGAAAAAGAAAGAUAAUUCGCAUCACGAUAAGUUAGAUAAUAAGUGUAUGAAGGAUUUUCGAGAUAGAAUCGCACAAAAAAGAACAGAACAAUUAUUAAAGACAGACUUGUAUAAAAGCCAAAAAGUUUGUCAGAAAUUAGAUAUGCAACAAGAGAUAAAAAAGCCUCGAGAAAUGUGGUUUUGGUUACCUCAAGAUAAUGAAGAUGACGAUAAUAGUGAUACAGAGGAAGAUGAUCAUGUUUUACCUGUUAGUGGAAAACUUGAAAUUUUAACUAAAUAUUUAAGAGAAAAAUAUUUUUAUUGUAUUUGGUGUGGAGUAGCACAUCUAGAUGAAGAUGAUUUAAGAGAUAAUUGUCCAGGAGAUACAAGAAACGAUCACUAAUGCUAUUUUAAUUUGUAUUACUUCAAUUAAAAGUGCAUAUAAAUAAAAAAAGGUAAAAUCAAAA